GCGGCGGCGGCAGGAGCCCGGCGCGAUCCGCUAGAUCUCAGCCCUGCCCCGAGCAAGCAGGCGACGCGGAGGGGCCCGGCCUCAACCCGCCCGGGAGCGCCUCGCAGAGACUCGGGCCGCGCCGCCGGGGGCCGCCUGCUUUGCGCUGACAGCCGCGCCCGCGUCCUCCCCGCCGGGGCGCUCGCCGGACAUGCCCCCGGGGCGCGGCGGCGGGGACCCCGGGGCUUGCCUCCGCCCAGGGCCCCCCGCCCCGCCCUCGGGCGCCCCGGGCCCUCGCUGAGCACGCCUCCCGCACGCCCGGGUCCCUCUGGCCAGCGCGCAGACGGGCCCCAGCGCUGUCGGUACCCGCGGGGCGAUGGGCUGAUGGGCGCCGCGGGACGCAGGAUGCGGGGGGCGCCCGCGCGCCUGCUGCUGCCGCUGCUGCCGUGGCUGCUGCUCCUGGCGCCCGAGACCCGGGGUGCGCCCGGCUGCCCUGUCCCCAUCCGCAGCUGCAAGUGCUCAGGGGAGCGGCCCAAGGGGCUAAGUGGCGGCGCCCCCAACCCGGCGCGCAGGAGGGUGGUGUGCGGCGGCGGGGACCUCCCGGAGCCUCCUGAGCCCGGCCUUCUGCCUAACAGCACUGUUACCCUGCUCUUGAGCAACAACAAGAUCACUGGGCUCCGGAAUGGAUCCUUCCUGGGACUGUCCCUGCUGGAGAAAUUGGACCUGAGGAACAACAUCAUCAGCACAGUGCAGCCCGGCGCCUUCCUGGGUCUGGGGGAGCUGAAGCGCUUAGAUCUCUCCAACAACCGGAUUGGCUGUCUCACUUCUGAGACCUUCCAAGGCCUCCCCCGGCUUCUCCGGCUAAACAUAUCUGGAAACAUCUUCUCCAGCCUGCAACCUGGGGUCUUUGAUGAACUGCCAGCCCUUAACGUGGUGGACUUUGGCACCGAGUUCCUGACGUGUGACUGCCACCUGCGCUGGCUGCUGCCCUGGGCCCGGAAUCGCUCCCUGCAGCUGUCGGAGCGCACGCUCUGUGCCUACCCCAGCGCCCUACAUGCCCAGGCCCUGCGCAGCCUCCAGGAGGCCCAGCUGCGAUGUGAGGGGGCCCUGGAGCUGCACACACACCACCUCAUCCCAUCCCUCCGCCAAGUGGUGUUCCAGGGCGACCGGCUGCCCUUCCAGUGCUCUGCCAGCUACCUGGGCAACGACACCCACAUCCGCUGGUACCACAACCGGGCCCCCGUGGAGGGCGACGAACAGGCAGGCAUCCUCCUGGCAGCCAGCCUCAUCCACGAUUGCACCUUCAUCACCAGUGAGCUGACCCUGUCUCACAUCGGCGUGUGGGCCUCAGGCGAAUGGGAGUGCUCGGUGUCCACGGUCCAGGGAAACGCCAGCAAGAAGGUGGAGAUUGUGGUGCUGGAGACCUCGGCCUCCUACUGCCCUGCUGAGCGCGUCGCCAAUAACCGCGGGGACUUCAGGUGGCCUCGAACUCUGGCUGGCAUCACAGCCUACCAGUCCUGCCUGCAGUACCCCUUCACCUCGGUGCCCCUGAGCGGGGGCGCCCCUGGUACCCGGGCCUCCCGCCGCUGUGACCGUGCUGGCCGCUGGGAGCCGGGGGACUACUCCCACUGUCUGUACACCAACGACAUCACCCGUGUGCUCUACACCUUCGUGCUGAUGCCCAUCAACGCUUCCAACGCGCUGACCCUGGCCCACCAGCUGCGAGUGUACACGGCCGAGGCUGCCAGCUUCUCUGACAUGAUGGAUGUAGUAUAUGUGGCUCAGAUGAUCCAGAAGUUUCUGGGUUAUGUCGACCAGAUCAAAGAGCUGGUAGAGGUGAUGGUGGACAUGGCCAGCAACCUAAUGCUGGUGGACGAGCACCUGCUGUGGCUGGCCCAGCGCGAGGACAAGGCCUGCAGCGGCAUCGUGGGUGCCCUGGAGCGCAUCGGGGGGGCUGCCCUGAGCCCCCACGCCCAGCACAUCUCUGUGAAUUCGAGGAAUGUGGCACUGGAGGCCUACCUCAUCAAGCCGCACAGCUACGUGGGCCUGACGUGCACAGCCUUCCAGAGGAGGGAGGCAGGAGUGCUCAGCGCCCGGCCUGCAGGCUCCAGCCAGCAUCCCUCGCCUGAGCCAGAGCCCCUGGCUGACCAGCAGCUCCGCUUCCGCUGCACCACCGGGAGGCCCAAUGUUUCUCUGUCGUCCUUCCAUAUCAAGAACAGCGUGGCCCUGGCCUCCAUUCAGCUGCCGCCCAGUCUGUUCUCAUCCCUUCCGGCUGCCCUGGCCCCCCCAGCACCCCCAGACUGCACCCUGCAGCUGCUUGUCUUCCGAAACGGCCGCCUCUUCCGCAGCCAUGGCAAUGCUUCCCGCCCUGGAGCCGCCGGGCCUGGCAAGAGGCGUGGUGUGGCCACCCCGGUCAUCUUUGCAGGAACCAGUGGCUGUGGUGUGGGAAACCUGACAGAGCCGGUGGCCGUUUCCCUGAGGCACUGGGCUGAGGGCGCUGAGCCUGUGGCAGCUUGGUGGAGCCAGGAGGGGCCGGGGGGACCCGGAGGCUGGAGCUCUGAGGGCUGCCAGCUCCGCUCCAGCCAGCCCAACGUCAGCUCCCUGCACUGCCAGCACCUGGGCAAUGUGGCUGUGCUCAUGGAGCUGAGUGCCUUCCCCCGGGAGGUGGGGGGCCCAGGGGCAGGGCUGCACCCCGUCGUGUACCCCUGCACAGCCCUGCUGCUGCUCUGCCUCUUCUCCACCAUCAUCACCUACAUCGUCAACCACAGCUCCAUCCAGGUGUCCCGGAAGGGCUGGCACAUGCUGCUGAACCUGUGCUUCCACAUGGCCAUGACCUCCGCCGUCUUUGCUGGAGGCAUCACACUCACCAACUACCAGAUGGUCUGCCAGGCGGUGGGCAUCACCCUGCACUACUCUUCGCUGUCCACGCUGCUCUGGAUGGGUGUGAAGGCCCGCGUCCUCCACAAGGAGCUCACGUGGAGGGCGCCCCCUCCACAGGAAGGGGACGCUGCGCCGCCUGCCCCCCGACCCAUGCUCCGGUUCUAUCUGAUCGCCGGAGGGAUCCCACUCAUCAUCUGUGGCAUCACAGCUGCGGUCAACAUCCACAACUACCGGGACCACGGCCCCUACUGCUGGCUCGUGUGGCGUCCAAGCCUGGGAGCCUUCUACAUCCCGGUGGCUUUGAUUCUGCUCAUCACCUGGAUCUAUUUCCUGUGCGCCGGGCUGCGCUUGCGGGGUCCACUGGCACAGAGCCCAAAGGGGGGCGCCAGCAGGGUCUCCCUGGAGCCAGGGGAAGAGCUGAGGGGUCCCACCAGGCUCAGGAGCAGCGGCCCCCUCCUGAGUGACUCAGGUUCUCUUCUCGCUGCUGGGAGUGCAGGGGCCAUGACGCCCGGGCCUCCAGAGGAUGCUGACGGCCUCUAUUCCCCGGGAGUACAGCUGGGAGCGCUGGUGACCACGCAUUUCCUGUACCUGGCCAUGUGGGCCUGCGGGGCUCUUACCGUGUCCCAGCGCUGGCUGCCCCGGGUAGUGUGCAGCUGUUUGUAUGGGGUGGCGGCCUCGGCCCUGGGCCUCUUCGUCUUCACCCACCACUGUGCCAGGCGCAGGGACGUCCGGGCGUCCUGGCGCACCUGCUGUCCCCCUGCCUCGGCCUCCCGCGCCUCCCCGCGAGCUGUGCCUGCCGCCCCCGAGGACGGGUCCCCGGUGUUCGGAGAGGGGACCCCGUCCCUCAAGUCGUCCCCGAGCGCUAGCAGCGGCCACGUGCCGCCCCCGGGCCCCUGCAAGCUCACCAACCUGCAGCUGGCGCAGAGCCAGACGUGCGAGGCGGGGGCGGCGGCCCGCGGGGAGGGGGAGCCCGACUUCACGGGCUCCCGGGGGGGACUCGGCCCGCGCCACCCCAACAACGUGCACCACGGCCGCCGGGGCCACAAGGGCCGAGCCAAGGGGCACCGCGCGGGGGAAGCGGGCGGCAAGAACCGGCUCAAGGCGCUGCGCGGGGGCGCGGCCGGGGCGGCCGAGCUGCUGUCCAGCGAGAGCGGCAGCCUGCACAACAGCCCGUCCGACAGCUACCCGGGCAGCAGCCGCAACAGCCCGGGCGCCGGCCACCGGCUGGAGGGCGAGCCCAUGCUCACGCCGUCGGAGGGCAGCGACACGAGCGCCGCGCCGCUCCCCGAGGCCGGCCGGCCGGGCCAGCGCCGCAGUGCCAGCCGCGACAACCUCAAGGGCGGCGGGGGUGGCGCGCUGGAGAAGGAGAGCAAGCGCCGCUCGUACCCGCUCAACACCGCCAGCCUGAACGGCGCCCCCAAGGGCGGCAAGUACGACGACAUCACCUUGACGGGCGCGGAGGCUGCCGGGGGCGGCUGCAUGAAGACAGGCCUCUGGAAAAGCGAGACCACAGUCUAGGAUGGAGGCGGGCUGGCCACAUGGGGGCCCUCAAAGACGUCUAUCGGUACGUCCCCAGGUUUGAGGCAGGAGUGCCUUGCUGCGCCCGGGCUCACCAGCUUUAGUCCUGGACCCUGGGGAAAGGAGAGGCAGAGGCUGCCACUGCCGAGGGGCCAUCCCUGCGGAGUAGCGACAGACAAUCCCUGAACCUCAGGCAGGAUACAGUUCCGUCCCAGCCCAGGCUAGUUUCGGCAGCACCUGCCGUCCAGGGGUGGGAGGGGAGGUCCUAUCAGCCUGUGGAGUGACCAAGAGUGGAAGGGACAGCACAGGUCAGAUGGAUUCCUCCUAAGGUACUCCCCACACCUGUCCACACCGUCUCACUGGCCACCAUCAGCCCUAUCAUGCAAACAUAGAUGAUGGGAGCCAGAGAACACUUCUGUCCUCACUGCCCUCCUCUGAAGUCACCCAUCUGUGCCCAGAUCCAGUUUUUGGCUUACAAGGGAGCCAGCCAACUAGAUGAGUCAGGCAACCAGGGCCAAUGGGAGGGAACAAGGUGCUGCUUUUCAGAUUAACAAGAGGAGAAGGUGGGGCAGGGUGAAAGGCGGCAGUGGGGGAAUCAACUAGUUCCAUGGAAGAGGGGCAGGUGGAAGGCUGCACAAUUAGGACUAGACACCAUUCCCACAGGACUGGCAAACCAUACAGCAGGGCUCAGAGGUGGCCUUCAGGACAAAGCCAAGGCCUGACAACUAAGAAGCUUACUACCUGAUGACUGAGGAUGAUCUGAGGGAAGUCGAGAGAGCUAGUGCUUAGAUCUGGGGCCAAAGCUAGUCAUGCCUUAAACCCAGUUCUACAAACCAUGCCCUUAAGAGGGGCUCCAGGGCUAGGCUGCGGCGCGGGAGGAGCACUUACUGUUCAGUUACAGAACUCGCAUCCCGCCAAGGGACCGAGGAAGAGCACGUCCCUCCCUCCCUCCCUCCAUGAGGCCCCAUGGGAGAGGCGUUCCAAUCAUUGGAUCUCCAGCUCUAUAUUAAGGAGAAACUUCCAAAACAUCAAACCAGCUUCCGGCCUUAUAGAAGCCUGAGCCAAAUCCCCGAGGCAGGGGUAGGGCCCCUGCAGCUCACCUGGGGCCUCCACCCUCACUACUUUUAUUUAAACACCAGCACUCACAUUUUGCCCCAACCUAAAAAGCCACCACCAGCCUUUGAUCACAGGACCCAGCGAAAGCGGAGGGAACCUUGGGCCUUGUAAAGCCACAGGAGAACCAGGCCUGGUCCACACCCCCACCCAGGCUCCACGUCACCAUAGCCUGACCACUAAGGCGCGAGAAGACGCAGGGGUUGGGAGAAAACCCACACGUGACGGGAUGGAUCCUGUUAUUUAUGCUUGCUGCACAGACAAUAUUAGAAAACAAAGCAAAAAGCGAAAAAAAAAAAAGCUUCGUAUUAUUCGUCCACAUAUGCUGGCUGCUGUUUCCAUACCCUGCC